CUUUCAUUCUUUUUUAAUGGAUAACCAAGAUACUUCUAUGUCAGCACAAAAAGUAGAAUUAGCUUUCAAUGGUGUCGCGAACGAACUUCAUGGGUUAAGGGAAGUAGUUACUAUUCAAGGCGAUGUAGCCGCCGAACUAAAAGGGUUAAAAUCAGCCAUUUGUUCUCAAAACGUAGUUCAAGGAAUAACGCCUUUUGAAGGUAAUACGAAAGAUUUUAAAGCCUGGAUUAAGUCAAUUGAAAAAUAUGCUUUACUUUUUAAUGAUAGGGAUCGAAUUAAGGAAAUAGCUUUUCAAACAUGUAAAGGGGCUUGUUCAGAUUACAUACAAAGGUAUUUAAGAGACCAUCGGGAUACCACUUGGGAACAAUUAAAAAAAGAAUUAACUUCAAGGUUUGGAGAAAUUACGGACCCUCAACAUGCGUCAACUCUUUUGAGACAAUUAAAACAAAAAGGGGACGAGUCUGUUCAAAUUUAUGCAGAAAAUUUAUUGAAUUUGGCAAAUGAGGCAUAUUCAGAUUUAGAUGGAAAUAAUGAAGCUAUAGAAAGGGAACUCGUAGGCAUUUUUAUAGAUGGUUUGGCUCAUUCUUAUUUAAAAAUGAAAUUAAUGAGAGAAAACCCAGCUACUUUUUCUUUGGCAGUUAAAAGUGCAAUGACUGAACAAAAUUUGAGAAAAAGAUUUACUUUAAGAACGGAAAGGGUAGACGAACCAAGGUAUAAAACAAUAAGACCAAUGACAUUAACUAGACCACGACGGACUGAACCUUUGAACUCUCAUGAACCAAUGGAAAUUGAUCAUUAUCGUGAUGCAAAACGUUGUUAUUCUUGUGGUAAAGUAGGUCAUGUAUCACGUGAUUGUCGUUCUGGGGGAAAUUUGAGACAAAUUAAUGCCGUAGAAAUGCAAACAUAUCACGGAAAUUCGGGUAGAAACAGGGAAAUUAAUUGUUAUUCUUGUGGGAGAACCAGUGAUGAAGUGGUGGUGGUUCUCACUUGUUCUUUUUGGCUUAACCAGCCAAUUCAUUGUCAAGGAAAAUGUCAUGUUUCAAAAAAUUAAGGAAAUAUCAACCACAAGGUCAAAUUGGCUCAUUACUUUUGUCGUAGACUUGGAUCCUUUUGAAUUAUUUCUUAAUAAAAUAGAACAAGACUUGGGCAAGGCUUUUCUCGCUACACAAAAAGUUCACACAAUUUCUAUGUUUUACACCCCAGAAAAAAAACACAUUUUGGCUACUAUCUUAAGUCUACAAAGGGAGGUUGAAGGAUUAAAUCGGACUAAAGAUUAUUUACAAUCACAAUUCAAUGAUUACCAAUCUUUAUAUUACGACGAAACGGCAAAGUUUAAAACUAAACGUAGCUUAUUUCCUAUUAUAGGCAAGGCAUUAAGUUUUUUAUUUGGUACUGUAUCAGACAGCGACCUGUCAAAAAUUCGAAGAAAUAUCAAAACUUUGGCACAAAAUCAAGAUGCAAUUCGUCAUAUUGUUCAAGAUGGGUUAACUAUCUUAAACACUACACAAACACAUGUUUCUGAAAAUAGACACAAGGUUAAUGAGUUGAUUGAAAGUGUUCAAGAUCUUGGAAAUAGACUUCAAACUUUUGCUACGGAUUUAGAAAAACAAAUUGAAGUUAUGGGAAGUUAUUUACAAGCUUAUUUGCAUAUGGACAUGAUAAUAGGUGAAAUAAAGGACCUUAUGAAUAUAGCCGGGGAUUAUUUAAACCAUUUGCAAUUACAACUAAACAUGUUGUCCUUAGGACACAUGUCACCCAGUCUUAUAUCACCCGGUAAUUUACGAGUAUUAUUGACUGACAUAAAACGACGACUACCGGCGACAUUAAAGAUACCUGGUGACGAAGUUAAAGAUAUUUGGAAUUUUUAUAAAUUUUUGACCUGUAGUACAGUUUUGGACGAAAACAAAAUAAUCAUUAUCAUUACGUUACCAUUACUAGAUAUAAGAGACACUUAUGAAAUUUAUAAGAUUCACAACUUGCCUGUUCCUACUACGAUAACUGAUAAACAAUCUGACUCGAGCAAUAUGGUUGCUCAGUAUGAAUUAGAAGCAGAAGUUAUUGCUGCAAACCAAGAAAAAACUAAAUAUAUGCUGCUAAAUACCAAUGAAAUUGACAAGUGUUCCAAUCCUUUAGUUAAUUUUUGUGAAAUUAAAAGUCCAGUUUAUCCAGUUAAUUUAAGUAAAUUAUGUAUCAUAGCCUUAUUUGCCAAUAAAGAAAAUUGGAAAACAAGAUGUACAGUGAAAGUACGACCAAACACAAUUUUGCCUAUGGCAACUUAUUUGACCGAUAGUAUGUGGGCAGUUACAACCAUUAAUGAAUUUAGAAUCACUAUUAGAUGUGAUGACAAUACAAACAUGUUGACGGAUCAGAUAAUUAAUCCUCCUACCACUAUAAUUAAUUUAAAGCGAACUUGUACCGCUACGAGUGAUCAUUUGACCUUAUUACCUACUUAUCAAAUGGAAAGUACAUUUUUAACAGAAAAAACGUUCGAAAGAUUCUUAAAUACCUUUCAAGUACUGAAUACAAGUUUAUGGGAACCCUUUCAUGCUGCUUUGCCAAAUUUUACAAAGCUUGAACUACCAAGAGAACUAAAGGCGAUUAAACAAAUUCCUAUGAACGCUUUGAUUGAAAAACUUAGAAAUUUAAGGGGAAUUGAAAACGAUUUUGAAUUUCCAAAUUGGGGAGUAGGUUUAUCCCUGGGUUUGGGUGCGAUAUUCAUUGGAAUAGCUAUAUUUUUGUACUGUAAGUUUUUUAGAAACAAAUCUUGGUUAGCCAAAAAGAAAGGUGUGAGUUCGGGUUCUAAUGCCACGAACGAUGGGUACCAAAUGGUGACAACGCAAAUGGUUGGGACAGAAGUACCUGAUUCCAGAGAGAAGAUUCCCUCUGCACCAUUACUCAAAGACGAUGCAAGACCGAAGACCGAUGCUACCAGUCUCUUGAGAAAGAUGUACCCAGAGCUAGAUACGUCGACUACUUCGUAAAAGGACUGGAUUGUAAACCAUACAACGUAGACGACCGAAUCCACUAGCAGAAGACGAACCGUGUAAAUAAUUUUAAAGUGACCCUAUGAACUGUGUAAAUAGAAUUGUAUAAACAUUUGCGUUCCUACCCAGUAUUGAGGAACAACUUACUAUGAUGGUGAUGGAAAUAAAACAUGAACUAUGUAUACCGAAAUAUGGAACUUAUGAUUCGAAUGAACUAUGUGUAAAUAUAUCCAGCUAUUAGACUUGAUGAAUGUGAUGAACUUAUUAUAUCAUGAUAUUGGACUCGUAGAACUUUAUAAACUUUAGAUAUGUGGUGAUGGUUACCGGAAACCUUACAAUAAACUAUUAGAAUAACCUACAGGAAGAAAAAUACCGUAUUUUAUUGAACUUUCGUUCUAUUUUGGAGGGAAGGCAUUAUGUAACACAAUUGUGUUCCAUACGAUAAUCAUCAGGAAGUAACUACAUACAGCAAAACCGAGACGAUUACAUGUAACCUUUAGACACUUAAUAACAAUCUGUACGAAUAUUAUUGACAUAUACCCUGCAGCCACUAAAUGACCAUGUCUACUGUGAAAUAACAUGUAUCCGUCAGGGGUUAAUUGCAUAGUUUGACAAUUAACCACAGACUAGUAUUACUCCACAACCAGACUACUACGUAACCGGCCUACAGCUAUGGACCGUUUGUAUGGACCACUAGACUAUAUAAGAUCUCUCAUUUUGGACUUCAAGACACAAUUCGAUCACACCAGAAUUCGUCAGAUCUCGGCCAGUGUCUCAGUGAAAAAACAUUUAUUUGAACUUUUAAUCGCUCUUUGAAUACUUGUAAAUUAAGCAAUAAAUUCUAAUUGACAA